AAUACAUCUUAAAAUAGUUCUGCCUAUGUAAAUUGAACCCCAAAUUGUGUAUUAAUUCGAGUGUUUUCGAAAAGGAAAGAAUGAAAAUAAAAAAUAUAUUGGAGUACUCAAGCCUGAAAGAUUGGAUUUGUACAAGGUAGAUUAGUUUAACUGAAAAUUUACAUUUUAGGAAAACUCACAAGUAUCUAAGUAUUCUCUGCCAAUCCAAUUAUAGACCCACAUUAAAUGGGAAGUAGACGAAGAUAAUCUGAAUGGGAAAAAGCAUUAUAAAAUAGUGUCAUUCAAAUUUCAAUAAGUCAAUAUAAUCAUAAUUUUCUUAUAGGUUAAAUAAACUAAAGAAAAUCAUGUUGCUAAAAUAACUACAUUUUAUAGUGACGAAAAGACCCUUACAAUUCUAAAGGAGCAUUUGAGAAAUAAAAUCAUAUUCCAAAGGAUUUAAGACUUUUAUACACCACUUUAGACUUUGGGAAAAGGAGCAUCCUCAAGAGUUCUUCUUGUUAGACACAAAAAUACUGAAUUAUAUUAUGCAGCUAAAUGUGUGGACAAAUCCUAUGUAAAUGAAACAGAAAAUGGAAUUGUAAAAUUAUAUUUAAUCUUAGGAAUCUAUGUUUCAAGAAAUUUCUAUCAACAACAUCCUUGAUCAUCCAUCAUUUAUUAAACUGCAUGCAGUCUAUGAGGGAGACAACACUUUUUAUAUGGUGAUGGAUUUAUUAGAGGGGAGAAGCUUGCAUGAUGAAUUAAACAAUCAUAAAAGUGGGUUCCCAGAAGAUAUUGUUAGGAAUAUCAUGUGGGUAUAUAUUAUCAGUUAUUUCUAAGCAAAUCCUCACUGGUAUCGAAUACAUGCAUGAAAAAUAGAUUAUGCAUAGAGAUUUAAAACCUGAGAAUAUUAUGCUUUUGAAAAAGGGAGAUUUGAAUUCCUUAAAAAUUGUUGAUUUUGGAUUGGCCACCUAUUGCAAUAUUGAUAAGUUUAAAUCAUGAUAAUUGUAGAUAUUUAUUUCCUAAAUGUGGAACACCAGGUUACGUUGCUCCUGAGAUUGCGAACUUAGUUGAUAAAACAAUUAAAUAUGAUAAGGUAUGCGAUGUUUUCAGUGCAGGAGUAAUCUUCUUUAAAUUGUAUAUACUCAUAUUCAUUUAAGAUUGACAGGGAAAGAUCUUUUUCCAGGAGUUGGAUUUAAUCUAGUAUUAAAAUUAAACAAAUAAUGCAAAAUUGAUUUAACACCUUUGCAAAUGAAAAAAAUUGACCAUUCUAUCACUGUAAUAUAUAUUAGUUUGAAUAGAUUAGUCUUUAAUUUAAAAAAUGUUGGAGAAAGAACCAAGCUAAAGGAUUAGUGCUACUUAAUGUUUGUAGGAUCCAUUCUUUGCAUCAUGUGUGUAAGCUCCAGGAAUGCAAGGACCCUCAAAAUUAACUGCUAAUUAAAAAAAAUAAAUGUUCUCUUCAAGCGGUAAAGCUUUGACUACUGAAUUUCCUAAUGAUAAAAUAAAAAAUAGUCCUUAAGAUAAACUUGAAAAUAAGGGAUCUUUUAUAACAUAAGAUAACGCAUUUCGACCUGUUUAAUCUAAUUAAUAAAAGAUUAUGUAAAAAUUCAAUACUACAGAAUUCGAUCAUGAUGAAAAUGCCUAAAGUCCAUAAAUGGUAAAAGUCAUUUAAUAAUUUCAAAAAGGUGAUGCAAUAGAAGAGGAAGAUGAAAAAUGA